AGGUCAUUGCUGUCCUAAGCAAAUGGUUCUUUGUACUCUGCUUGCAAAUUUUCUGUGAGUUUAAAAGUGUUUCCAAAUUAAAAGUUAAGCACCCCCCCAAAAAAAAAAAAUUAACUGCAGGGGGCAUGGGUUUGAUCCUUGGUCACAGAACUACCAAAACUGCAGGACACAGUCAAACAUUAAAAAAAAAAGAAAGCUAGGAAAUGGCACAAUUGCUCAAGUGAACUAACGUCAAGAAAUGAUUUUUUAACAAUAAGAUAUAGAAAUAUUGUGUUUAUGACAUAAAAAACGCCAGUAAAGUCAAGGGCUUACUAGCAUCAAGUGAGAUCUUAAUGGUGCUGGGUAACAGUAGUUCAUUUUCUGAAUCCAUUCACUUCCCCACAUUCCUAAAUAACUAACAUUAGAAUCUCAGAUGCCAUUGAUUAUAAGGUACAUCAUUAUUUUACAUAUUACUAGGAAAGAGAAAAGACUACCAAUUAAACUAUGGCAUGUCAUCAUUUGUGAGAUGGCAAUUUCGCAUAUGUUGAAAUAUGAAAAAAAAAAUUAGAAUCAAUCUAAUGCAGAAUUUCUUAUCUUUUCUUUCCUCAUAUCUCAAAUACCUUUUCCCUAAUUUCACUUUGAGCUUCCACUUUCACUUAUAAAAUAGAAACACUGAGGGAAGAUAUCCUCAGUCUCCCCCCACCAAAUCUGUACCUAUCGAUUCUGCUUCUCUUGUUAUUUCAAUGAAUAAAUUGCCCAGGCUCUUGCUUAGAACUGAUCCUCCCAAUUGUGUGCUGGAUUCCAUCCCUUCUUUCCUCGAGGACUUUGCUCUUGCAACUGUCCUGUCUCUCCUGUAUUGUUGAUUUUCCCCUCUUCACUGUAUCAUUUUAAUUAGGAUACAAACACUCUAAUUUCUUCCAUCUUAAAAAAAAAUUCUGAACCCCAAAUCCAUCUGCAAUGGACAGUUUUACUUUCCUAUUCAUCUUUUAAAAAUUGAAGGAGUAUGUCUAUAAGUACUUGCCGUCUCCCGUUGUUCCAUUCCCACUCCUAAUUCUUAUCAGAUUUUAUCAAAAAGGGCAUGUUUCAGCCAUCCCCACAUUGCUCAAUCCAAUGGUCAAUUAUUACUUCUCAUCCGACCUAACCUUUCAAUAGCAUUUAGCGCAAUGGAUCACUCCCUCCUCCUUGAAACGUUCUCUUCCCUUGAUUUUGCAGGCCCAAACCUUCUUGCUUUUCCAUCUGCCUCAGGAUUAUUCCGUCUCAGUCUUCUUUGUUGGGUCCUCUUCGUGUUUCUGACCUAAGCUACUGUAUUACUAGAAAAGACUGAACUGAAUAAAGGCAAAUUAUUCUCUUAGCAAACUGCUGACUUAGAUUUUCCAGUAUUUAAAAAUUCUGAGGUCUAUAGCUUUUAAGCAAAAAUGAUAUCUACAUCUCCCUUUUAUAAGUGAGCAUGUCUCUUCAAGCAGCCCCAAAGAUACCAGACGUGGAGUCUCCCUCUAAGGAGGCAGGACCGACGCAUUCCAGAAAUAAGCUCCAUAGGCUUUAUGGGAAAUGUAGUACUGGAUGAAUAGCCUGAACCCCGCGGAAGCCUGGGAACUCUGGGCUAAGAGUUAUUUCCGGACACGCGCAGUGGGGUGGUAGCAGGUAUUCUGUAAUUUUCCAACCAGUACUGCUUGAAGUGAGAGUUGGGGUAUCUCCCGGAUCUGGGAGAUCUCCGUAACCUGAUCUCCAGCUUAGAGCCGGAGCUGGGAGUGUGGCGGUGCAAAGCUGGCAAAUCUCUGUGCAAGAGAGGCAGAAAUGAUCAACUUCAAGGGAUCAGUGACACUCCAGGAUGUGGCUGUGGAAUUCACCCCAGAGGAGUGGCAGCUGCUUGACUGUGAUCAGAGAACCCUGUAUUGGGAUGUGAUGUUGGAGAACUUUAGAAACCUCAUCUCAGUGGGAACAGGGUGUCCAGUUACUGAAACAACAGUGAUAUUCAAGGUGGAGCAAGGACAAGAACCAUGGAUGGUGGAGGGAGAGAACUCACGUUGGAGCUCUCCAGAAGCUGACUGCCCACUUGUUGAUGAAUCAGACAAGCACCAGAAAAGCAAAGACAAUUUUUUAAAUUCAGUUUUGUUCAUGUUCAAUAAAAUUCAGACUGUGGAGAGACUUCAUGGUUAUAAUAUGAGCACAAGUCUUAAUCCUACAAGAGAAAAAUCAUAUAAAUGUAAGUCAUAUGGGAAGAGUUUGCAACCUACUUUGGACUUUCUUAAUUAUAAUAGAUGUUAUAAUGGAGAACACUCUGAUGAAUGCAAUGAAUGUGGGAAAGCCUUCAAAAAGAAAUUUAAUUUCAUUAGACAUGAAAAAAAUCAUACAAGAAAAAAACUGUUUGAAUGCAACAACUGUGGGAAAGCCUAUAGCAGCCAGGCACACCUUGCCACUCAUCAGAAAAUUCAUAACAGAGAGAGACCCUUUGUGUGCAGUGAUUGUGGAAAAGCGUUUACACAUAAAGCACAGCUCGUGGUCCAUCAGAGACUCCACACUGGAGAGAAGCCUUAUGAAUGCAGUCAGUGUGGAAAAUCAUUCACUUGGAAUUCUUCCUUUAAUCAACACAUGAAAUCGCAUACACUUGAGAACUCAUUUGAAUGUAAGGAAUGUGGGAAAACGUUCAGGUAUAGUUCAUCCCUUUAUAAACACUCUAAAUUUCAUACAGGAGAGAAACCAUAUCAAUGCAUUGUAUGUGGCAAAGCCUUUGGCAACAGUUCUGUGCUUGUUACCCAUCAAAGAAUUCAUACAGGAGAGAAACCUUAUGGAUGUAUUAAAUGUGGCAAAGCCUUCAUCAAGAAGUCUCAUCUCCUUAGACAUCAAAUAACUCAUACAGGAGAAAGGCCCUAUGAAUGUAGCAAAUGUGGGAAAUCAUUUUCCCAGAAGUCAAAUCUUAUUGUACAUCAGAAAAUUCAUAUGUAACAUUCACUUAUGAAUAUGAGAAAGCUUUAAUAUUUGAUAAGUUAUUGAGUAGAGAAUUCAUGGUGAAGAGAAAUCAACAAUUUGAAGGAACUGAAAGAAUAAAUUUCCAUAAAAAAAUCAAUGCCAGUCAUGUUCUGGAAGUGAUAAAGUUUUUAGAGGAAAGAUCACAGAAAACGUUAAUUUAUAAUGAUAAAACUUAGACCUUGGAAAGCAUAAAUUAAACAAUCAAGGAAUCAGUGAAAACUACAUUUAGCAUCUCUGAUUAUUUUUAUAACAAAUUAUAUAAUUAUGCAAGUAUGAAUAUAAAAUAAGUUUAUAUAUUAAAUUAUAUCUAUUAAGAGUUUCUGAAGUAAAUAUCACACUUUUUCUUCCAAUCUGAAUAGUAACAUGCAAGUGAAAAAAUGUGGUUUAAGAUAUAGUAUGAAUUUCAGUAAUAUUUUCAUCCAUUCGCUGGCACUUUUAAUGGGUAUGGCAGUGUUAUUGAAUCUCAGAGUCUCCUCUUUAAUUCUAAAACUUGUUAUAAAGAUUUAUAGAAUUACAUGUGUGUAUAAUUUAACAAGAUAUCAAUUGAGAUGGUGAAAGCAGUUGUAUUCUAUACACUAAGUACUCAGUUGUGGAA